AUUAGCAUGAAUAGUCUUUCACCCCAAUUAGUCAUCUAAAGAAGAAGUGCUGGCUGUGUGAAUUAUCAUAUGCAUCCUCUAUGUUGGGUAUGCAUAAAUGGUAUAUAUGUGCCCUUCACCAUAGACAACUCUCUCUCCUCUCUCUAGUAUUCCUGCAAGGCAAGGCAGACAGGCCUUUUGUCACGAUGUUUGCUAGCGACCACCGAUAUUAAUAAUCUGUAGUAGCAUCACAACACAUAAUUGAAUGCUUUAGUGUUCAUAUCUGCUGGCUCUCACAUGGGGUUUCAGAUAGAUAGAUCAGAUAAACAGUGUUAUUUUCAGUUGCCAUAACUGGAGCAAUCUUGACAAAUAUUACUUGUAGUUCACUACAACACCACCACCAUAGCCUGAUUCGCUUCUCUUCCCUUCUGCUAGCUAUAUUUCAUAUCAUCAGGACUACUUCUGUUCCCAUUCAAAGCCUUUUCUUUUUUCUUUUUUCCUUUUUCAAGGAAAGGAAUUUCUGUUAAUGUUGUAUCAUCAUGCAUGUGUCUAAUUGGUCCAGGAUCGGCCAUGUUAGUUGUGGAUAAGCUUAAGUCUCAAAUACCAUGGCCAUAUUACCGGUAUUUUCUUUUAUCUGAAUCCUCAUUCCCCAAAAUUUAACUUUAUUUCCUUUUGUGCUUCUCCUCAAUUCAUUAGUGUUAAAAUAUAAUUCUACGCAUCAUUGUACAUUUUUCUUUUUGAGUAGGAAAUAAAUUAAAGAGUAACAGUAAGCAGAGAGCUUAGAUUGAAUCUUCUUGUAUUGUUUACUUCCCUAGCUGCCCUGUUUCAUUCAACAGACUAUUGUUGACUGUUUCUUGAGAUCAUUUUCUGUCCUUUUUUUCUUCAAUACAAAAUGGUAGCAUAUAGAAACUUUCAACAACUUGGCAUGCAAGAAAUUUCUCCUGCCUUUGCUAUAAUGCUAUUCAGUUCUUAAUUAUAGUUUUAGUUUCUUUAUAGGUUCAGCCAUUUCUAGAAAGUGAAGCAUUCAAUCUUUAUUAUUUCUGAAAGUCAAGGUUCUUGUUCAAACUAGACUAUUUCAACUGUUUAUAGACUAUAGUUCUCGUGUUCAGUUGCCGACUGUGAACUUAAAAUAAAGGGCUGGAGGUCAUGUAGAUGAAUGAAACAAAGAAACCAUAUAUGUGUUUUCCACAGACUAGUCUUGACAAGCAGAGAAGAUGGAUUCGGGAAAAUCUGUUAGAAAUCAUGCUGUAUCCCUUCAUUCUCUACUUGGGCUAAAGGCACAUCUGACUUCCAACUGGGUUAAAUCAGUUUUUGAAAUAAUAAAAACCCUUCAAUCUGAAAAAUCAGUUGACAUGCAGCCAACCAAGUCUGAUACCGAUGAUGAUGGUGAUUCAAUUUCAAAAAUACGAGAUGAACUGACUGUCUUGAAUAACCACAUAAACCAACUGAACAUAAAGAGGAGGCAGAUCCUAAAUGAGUUCUUGGACUUGAAAGGGAACAUCCGUGUAUUUUGUCGAAUAAGACCUAUCGCAUUUGGGGAGAAUUUAGGUCAUUUAAGACCUGUUGUAGCAUCGAAUUCAAAUGAAGUUGUUCUAAAGCUUAUGGAGAAUAAGAGCAAGAGUUACAAUUUCGACAAGGUUUUCCACCCAGGUUCAUCCCAAGAUGAAGUUUUUACAGAAGUUGAACCCAUCAUCAAAUCAGUCCUUGAUGGCUACAAUGCCUGCAUUUUUGCAUAUGGGCAAACCGGCACAGGAAAAACUUUCACAAUGGAAGGUAGUGCAGAUACUACAGGCAUAGUGCCACGGGCUAUUGAGGCUCUGUUUAAGCAAGCAGUGGAUUGUAACCAUGCAUUUCUCAUCAGUUUCAGUAUGCUUGAGAUUUACAUGGGGAAUCUAAAGGACUUGCUUGUCCCCAAACCAACAAAAGCUACAGACCCGAUGCCACCUAGCCUUUCAAUUCAAACAGAUCCAAAGGGAGGAAUUGAAAUUGACAACCUUGUGGCCAUUAAGGUGAACGACUUCAACCAAGCUCUGAGGCUGUACAGAUUGGGCUGCCGAUUCAGAACAACGGCCUCCACAAAUUCCAACCUGACAUCUAGCAGAUCUCACUGCAUGAUACGGGUAGCAAUAACUUGCUUCGAUGCUACUGAAAGGCGACGGGAAACAAAUAAAUUAUGGUUAGUUGACCUCGGGGGAAGCGAGCGUGUAUUGAAGACAAAGGCAUGGGGCAAAAGACUCGAUGAAGGGAAAGCCAUUAAUCUGUCACUCUCUGCUCUUGGGGAUGUGAUUAGUGCCCUCCAAAGGAAAAGGCACCAUAUACCUUACAGGAAUAGCAAGCUGACACAGGUUCUUAAAGAUUCUUUAGGUGAUGAUUCAAAAACAAUUAUGCUGGUCCAUGUCAGUCCCAAAGAAGAAGAUUUGUGUGAGACCAUAUGUUCUUUAAAUUUUGCAACAAGGGUGAAAAGCGUUCAUCUAGGAAAUGAGGAUACAAUUGAAGCGAAAGAGAAAAAGGGAGUUGCAAUGGCAGAUCUGCAGCAAGAGAUGAAACAUAUUGAAGAUGAACGGCUGCUUGUUAGAAGUGACAUUGAGAAAUUAAACAAGAAAUUAGAAAAUCUAACAGGGACAAAUCCAUCGUCUGAGGAGCAACUGGAGGCAUUCCAUUCUUUAAUCAAAGAACAGCUUACAAAGAGCAGGAUAGUAGAUAUUACAGUGACUCCCUUAUCAAAGGUACCAAGAUUUAUGAGGCCAACCAUUUGCAGCAAAAGAAAAUCUGGGACGGGGCAUCAAACUUCUGAAGGAAGAGAUGACACAGUCCUGACAAGAAGGAGAAGACCAACAUCUCAUCGCGCGGAGUCUGUGAGUUUCCCUGUAAAGUAUCAUUCAGAAUACAAUUCAGAGCGCAGCAUUUCCAGAUCUAGCCGUUUGGCGGAGUUGAACUUGAAAAUUAGUGCUGAUAGUGCAACAGAAUGCAGCCAAGUCGCAUCCGAAACUGAUUUUAAAUCUAACGGUCUCCAAGAACAAGAAAGAGCACUAGGAAGUUUGAUUAGUCAAAAGGUUGGCAUCAGUCACAUCCAGAAAAAUAGCAGUGGACAGGUGAAUAAAAUUAACCACAUCAAAUUUUCGAAGGUUGAUAAUUGGCUGCAUCUACAGAAGAGUGAAUCCACUCUAAGCAGUUGCAGUCGAAGGACAAAACGGGUUUUAGCUGUUCCAAUUCCUGAGAGGAAACAUAAGACUAAUGUACAGAGCAAAGCAGAAGAGAAAGUGCAAGACUAUGUGUAUACAAAGCAAGAAGUUGUCAACCAUGAUAAAUUAAAUAAUCUUGCAACUACAGUUGCAGUUGGGAAGCCCAUAUCAGAAGUGGUCAUUGAAAAACCACUGAAGAUGUUAAGAGAUUUAUUUAAUGAGGACUCAAGAUCCGAUGUUACUACUCCAUUACAGACAAGUGGAGGGGAAACAACGAUACAAAUACAGCAUUCUGUGGAUGGCUCAUUAACAAGGGAUAGUGAAAAUGACACCUCUUCUCCACCAGAUGAGUGUUCUCCUAGACUUGAAGAAUGUGAGGAUGGAAACGGGGUCAUGUCAACUACACAGGCACCGGAAGGAAAAAUACAAAGUUCAGAUUGUUUGAUGCUAAAGAACAGUGGGUGCAGUGAAUGCUAUCCAUCUGAGUUAUAUACUACUUCUGUUUGUUCAAAAAGAGAUUCCGGAGCCUCAUUUUCCAUGUUAGAACUGGAACCAUGCUGUCAGAAAGCACCCACUGAAUCAAAUAUGGAAGACAGUGAAACUCAAGGUUUUUACUCCUUUCGACCCUUGGAGAAAGAGACAAGACAUGGCCUUCUUCAGUUGAAAUCUCAAAGAGCUUUAUUUACGAACAGCGAAAAUCAUGAGGACUUUGCUGUGCCAUUUGGUAAACCAGAAGGAAAAGUACAGAACACAGGAAUAUGCCAUGUUGUUAAGCAGAAAAUCGAGAUUUUAUGCUCCAGUGCUCUUCUAGGAUUAGGACUUUAUAACCUGGGAUUUGACCAUGAUUUCUUCUAUGGUUUAAUGCUUUGAAGCAGCUCCAGUGGAAGACGACCUGUGGAAUGUAUAUAUUUAUUUUUCUGUCUGUAUACAAUAUGCUCAUUUCAACUUUACUAUCCCUGGCAAGGCUACAACAGUGGGAUAUCCUAGACGCUAUCUUGCAUAAAAAAUUCUUAUGCUGUGAGUCCAAUCUGUAAUUUUAUUUAUUUAUUUAUUUUUCUGAACGAGAACUCACAAAAUGUAGCAGCGGCAUUAUUUAAAUAGAACUACACAAGAUUUUGGA